AUGGCAGAAAUAGUAUUAUCACCUCUUUUAGAGGUGGUUCUAGAAAAGCUGGCAAAUCCUUUAUUGAAAGAAAUCGCUAAAAGAAGCGGACUGAAGAAGGAGGUCAAGAAGGUCGGACGUUCCUUACGUGUAAUCCAAGCUGUUCUUGAAGAAGCAGAAGAGCGACAGUUAACUGAUAGAGCUUUGAGAAUCUGGUUGGAAGAGCUUAAGGAAGUAGCUUUUGAGAUGGAGGAUUUGCUUGAUGAUUUCUCUCCCGAGGUUUUGCUUUCUAGAACUCGUGAAGGGUUUACUCAACAGGUAUUAGCUUUUGUUCCUUCUGUUGUACAAUAUGGUGAUAUGUUAACUAAACUAGAGCAAAUCAAGGGGACAUUAGAAAUGUUGGCAGAAGAGACGUUUAAUUUUAAUUUGAGAGGGGGCGCUGUAAAUACUAGUGGAAGUACAAGUAGAAGUAGAAGCAGAAGUAGAAGAACGGGCGCUUUUAUUAUUGAAUCAGAAAUUUUUGGAAGAGAAGAAGAUAAAGAGAGGGUGAUAGGGGUUUUAUUAUCAACAGAUGAUAAAGCUCGUGGAGAAGUCUCUGUCAUCUCCAUUGUUGGCUUGGGUGGUCUCGGCAAAACAACACUUGCUCAAUUAGUUUUCAAUGAUGAGAGGGUAACAAAACAUUUUGACAUGAAGAUAUGGGCAUGUGUAAAUGAUGAUUUUGAUGUGGAAAAAAUCAUGGCAUCAGUCAUAGAAUCUGCAACCAAGAAUAAAUGUGACUUGUUUGGGAUGGAUGUCCUGCAAUUUCGACUUUAUGAGUUGUUGUCUGGGAAGAGAUAUUUACUAGUUUUAGAUGAUCUGUGGAAUGAAGAUGAUCAAGAGUGGGAUAAGUUAAGAACUUUACUGGUAAAUGGUGGGGAGGGAAGCACAAUAAUUGUUACCACUCGGAGUGAAAAAGUUGCAUCGGUAAUGGACACAAAAUACAUCCAUCAUUUGGAAGGUCUAUCAGAUGAAGAUUGCUGGAAUUUACUCAAGCAACGUGCUUUCUCUCGUCUUGAAGAAGACCAUACAAACCUGUACCCAAUUGGUAAACAAAUAGCCAAGAAGUGCGGAGGGGUUCCUUUAGCUGCAAAGAGUUUGGGAAGUCUAAUGCGCUUCAAAAGAGAUGAGAGAGAGUGGUUGCUUGUCCAGGAGAGUGAUCUCUGGAAUGUAUCUGAAAGUGAAAAUGGAAUCUUACCUGCCCUAAGGUUGAGUUAUUGUCAUAUGCCAUCACAUUUGAAACGAUGUUUUGCAUACUGCUCGAUAUUUCCUAAAAACUACAUAAUCAAGAAGGAUAAAUUAAUCCAGCUGUGGAUUGCGGAAGGCUUAAUUCAAUCGCCGAAAGGAAUAAAAUCACUAGAAUUUAUUGGAAACGAGUAUUUUGAUGACUUAGUAUGGAUGUUUUUCUUUCAAGACAUAUACGGAAGUGACAAUGGCAAUAUAACCGAGUGCAAAAUGCAUGAUAUCGUUCAUGAUCUUGCACGUUCUGUUGCGGGAGAUGAGUACAUUAUGCUGGAACAUGGUAAUAUAGAACAAGAUCUCUCCCACAUUCGUCACUCAUCAAUCAUUUGUAAUUUCAGUUUAUACACAAUUCCAGAAAAUUUAUAUGAAGCAAAGAAGUUACGAACCCUCAUCUUAGUGUUUCCAAAAGGUGAUCUUGGAGAAGUUCCUCCUGCUGCGUUUUCAAGUUUUAGAUACUUACGGGUCCUUGGUCUGAGUGGUAGUGGCAUCAAAAGGUUGCACGAGUCUAUUUCUUCCUUUAUAUUUUUGAGAUACCUAGACAUCUCUAACACAGAAGUUAAGGAAUUGCCAGAUAGUGUUUGCAGCCUUUGCAGAUUACAAGUGAUGGACCUUUCUAAUUGCUUUGAUCUUAUCAAGCUACCCAAUCAGAUGUCCAUUAUAUCUAAACUGAGGCAUUUAAUUCUAGAUGGCUGCAGUAGACUAACCAAAAUGCCUCCUUCGAUUGGGAAACUUGUAUUUCUUCGAACACUGUCAAUGUUUAUCGUGGGAAAUGAAGUAGAUGAAGGGCUUAACCAGCUGCAAAGUCUAAACCUUGGUGGUCAGCUUAAUAUCAGUCAUCUGGAAAAAGUGAGGGUUGCAAGAGACGCAAUGGAAGCUGACUUAAUAGGAAAAAGGAACCUUCUGUCAUUGAGCCUCUCAUGGGGAGAUGGUGAUAAUGGUUCGAACAGGAACAUUGACAAUAGUGACACACAUGAGGAAGUUCUCAAAUACCUCCAACCACAUGGAUACCUAAAAAGGCUGUCUAUAAGAGGAUACCAAGGAAAGUGCUUUCCACGAUGGAUUGACGCUAUUAAACUCCCAAAUAUAACUGAUCUUGUAUUGAUAAACUGCAGAAGAUGUGAGUAUCUCCCUACGUUGGGCAAACUUCCCUUCCUCAAGGUCCUUUACCUGCAAGGAAUGAAUGCAGUAAAGAAUAUUGGUCCUGAGUUCUAUGGCCAGGGCACAGAAAGAGCAUUCCCAUUAUUAAAAGAGCUAACCUUUAGGGAUUUCCCUCAUUUAGAAUAUUGGUGGAGUUCUAACAGGAGAGAAGAAUUCCCUUCUCUAUUAAAGUUGAACAUCACCAAGUGUUUUAAGUUGAGAAAUAUUCCUCCGUUUCCUUAUCUGCAGCAUCUGUAG